GUGCACUCGAACAGUUGAGUACAAGCUGCGACUGGAGAAGAACGUGCGAAACAUGGGUUAUACGACGACUAUAUACUUGGCUGCAGCCUUAUUGGGCGUGGCUGCUUUGGCUUCGGUGCAAGCUGAUGAGCAAAUUUAUCGCAUGUGCGUGCCACAACAAUUCUACAAAGACUGUUUGGAUCUGUUGAAGGAUCCCUCAGAGGCUGGCAUACAAAUGGAAUGCAUUGCUGGACGUGAUCGCAUCGAUUGCUUGGAUAAAAUCAAUCAACGUAAAGCCGAUGUGCUCGCCAGUGAACCGGAGGAUAUGUAUGUGGCGUAUCAUACGAAGAAUCAGGACUAUCGUGUCAUCUCGGAAAUACGCACCAAACAGGAUAAGGAUGCCGAGUUUCGUUAUGAGGGCAUUAUUUUGGUAAAGAAAAACUCGAAUAUUAACAGCUUGAAGGAGUUGCGCGGCAAGAAAUCAUGCCACACGGGCUUCGGACGUAACGUGGGCUAUAAGAUUCCCAUCACUAAAUUGAAGAAUACACAGAUUCUUAAAGUUUCGCUGGAUCCCGACUUCACCGCCACUGAACGUGAACUGAAGGCACUAUCUGAGUUCUUCACACAAUCGUGCUUGGUUGGCACGUACUCACCAUACCCUGAAACUGAUCGUCUACUGAAGAAAAAAUACUCGAAUUUGUGCGCACUCUGCGAGAAGCCCGAGCAAUGUGAUUACCCCGACAAGCUGUCUGGCUAUGAUGGCGCUAUACGCUGUUUGGACAAGGGUAAGGGUGAGGUUGCCUUUACCAAGGUGCAAUACAUCAGGAAAUACUUUGGCCUCGCACCCGGCUCCACCGCCGAAGGUGACCCCUCGGAGUUCGAAUAUCUCUGUGAGGAUGGCAGUCGCCGCCCAGUCACCGGUCCCGCUUGCUCUUGGGCUCAACGUCCUUGGACUGGUUAUAUCUCCAAUGCUGAUUCGGUGAACGGCGAACAAAAGUUGCAUAACUUACAAGAUCGUCUAGAGAAAUUCUUCGAAAAUGGUCUACACGCUGAAAAUAAGGUGGCCGCACAACAUUUGCUGAUCAAUGAGGAUGCGGUGUAUCACAGCAAACCCACCGCAGUCGAACCAAAAGCUUAUCUCGAACGUGCCGGCUACAAGGAUGUCAUCGAACGUGAUGGCAGUGCCAUACGCAAGAUGCGUCUGUGCGUGCAGACAGACAUUGAGUUGGCCAAGUGCGAUACGAUGCGCCGUGCUGCUUACUCUCGUGAGAUACGCCCAGAGCUGGAGUGUGUGCAGGAGAGUGACUGCCUGCUCGCGGUUAAGGAGCAAAAGGCCGACUUUGUGACCGUACAUGGUAGGAACUACAAGGAGGCACGCGCUGAGAAGCUGAAACCGAUUGUAUAUGAAAGCUACGGACCAGAUAACCUCUAUGUGGCUGUGGUCGAACCGAGCGCUAGCAAGGAUCUGCAAAAGUUGCCAAUCAACUAUGAUGCCCAGAAUGAACGCGCCAGCCUAGCAGCCACCUUCUUGAACAAAUGGCGAAAUAUUAGUCCUUGUCAGACUACACCGUCCACGGAAAAGAAUCUCCAAAUUGUCCACUCAAGUGAGCUGGAACAGCACAAGAACAAACAGCUCGUCUGCUCCUCUAUGGAAGUCAAGCCUGUGACGGAGUACCAUAACUGCAAUUUGGAGGUUGACCUGCCCAAAGCAGUAUUCAUACGUGAGAGCAUGACUCCAGUUGAACAGGAGACUGUCAAACAUUUGUUUGUUUCACUCUCAACCAAGUUUGGCAAAGCGGGCAAGCUCGCCGAUGUCUUUACACUUUUCGGCGCCUAUGCAAAGGACGCCAAGAAUGUGUUGUUUGAUGACGACGCCACCGAACUUGUAACUGAGCUGAAGAAUCCCAACAUCAAUGAGCAAAUCUAUAGCGAGCUCUUAUGUGAUACAAACGCAAUUAAGCGUCUUUAAGAAUCUCUUCUGCAAACACAGUCAUCCAUAAAUACAUAUUUGCCUGUUAUGCCACCCUAACUUUAAGCUUUCAUAAUUCGUAAGCUACUCAAAAAAUAAAAAUUAUCAUUGAACAUUGAA